UAUUAAUUAUGGGAUAAUCAUUUUAAAUUUGGCGCUUUAUCACGUGCUCACCACCAGCGCCUAUGAAACAUUCCGUUUGAGUCUAUAUAAAGAGAUAAAUUAAAGUGCGCAUGCUUUGUUUCCGUAGUGUUAUUGGCUGCUUCCGUUUACUUAAUUCUCUAAAACCAAUAACAUUUAUCGGCAAAUUUUCUGUAGAUCUUGCGUGUGUUGACUUGUCGAGUAUAGUGUCUAUAUUUUCGUGUUAAAAUCGUGCUUCAAUAUUUUAUAUUUUUCAAUUUCGAAUUCAAUUUUAGAAUUUCAAAGUUACGAAAGUUGUGUAGUAUAUAUUUUAUGUAGAGCCUGUAAUACGAAGGUCUCCAGAAUAACGUCCCCUACGUCGAAUUUAACUACAAAACGCAUAAGAAAGUUUCAGUUGAUUGAAUUCUUAGAUGAAGACGGACAAGAAUUACCAGAAGGCCAAAAAGACGUUGAUGCUGUACCAAAAAGCUGGAUUUUUUAUGAUUUUAAAGAAGAUCAACAUUACACAAGAUUUAUGCCACCUCCAUAUAAUCAAAAAAGAAGGAAGGUCUUGAAGCAACUGGUGAAAUCCGAAGCACCAGCUCCUGCAGAUUGGCCUAUAUAUCUCAUUACUUUUAGAGGACACGCAGAAUCAUACGAAGAAGCAGAAAUCCGGCUAAAAGAACUGGAAGAAAAAAAAUAUGCGUAUUCAUCAAAUGCGGAGACUGAUGCUGAGGAAAAAUCCAAAGGAGUUCCAGAAUUGUUCAAAAGUCUCCACGCAGCAACUCAUAAACUGACGCUACCAACUUUAGAUCAAGUUAUUCCAUCUGUAAGUGGACAAUCUACUAGCAAGAAUAGAAAAAAGGAUGAUCCGAGUGUUGAUUCACGUGAGUCGAAUGCUUUAUCUAAUUUUGAUAAAGUUUUCCAAGAAUUGCUUGAGGGGAAUGAAGCUGAUGAUGAAUUAAAUUCAGUUGAGGAUUCUCAGAAUCUAAUAGGAAUUCCGGGUCCUUCAGGAAAGAGCAAAAUCAUCGGUGGAAAGGCUCAAAUAUCAAUAGAAAAAGAUCAUUCGAUUAGUUCAGGACCGAAAAGGAAAAUUGAAAAUGGCACCAUGAAUCCAAAACCGUCAAAAAAAUCAAAAUCUCAACAUGAUUUUUCUCUUGAAGAAGAUGAUAGGACAUUUGAUUCUAAUAUUUCAAACCAGACGACUCUUGAUAAAAUCUUAAGUGUCACCGUGAAAACCCUUGUUUACGUCAAGGAAAUGCAUAAAGAAACAAAGCAGUUAAGCAACGAAUUAAAUCAAAUAAGCCAGCAACAACAGUUGAAUCUUUCCGAUUACACAAGUGUCGACCUUUGCGGAAGAAAACAAUAUAGAACUCCCAUUAAAAGAUAUGACAGAUUUUGAUAGCUUCGAAGUAAAGUUGGCAGAAACCGAUUUUCAAAAACAAUUUAUAUCAACUCUUCCACUAUACUAUCAUCCAAAAUUCAAUGUACGAAAAACAUUAACAAAUAUCUUCAGAAAAUAUUUGUCAAAAACUUUGGCUCUCCAAUUUGUUACACAAAGUAAUUCUAGCAAUAAGGUUAAAAAGGUUUUUAAGGGGACGAAAAUGUAUGUGUGCAUGCUUGCUACAAUUUCAAAAACACACACAGAAGAAAGGACGUUGGAUCUUCUUACCGAAAAACCUUUUUAUCAGAAUUGGGCAACGUUUUCCCUAACGCCAAAGAUUGGGAGGGUAGAGUACGCGUUCAGAAAAAUAAAAAUGAUGCAACUCCCGAAGACGAAACUAUCAAUACGUAAUUAUGGCCUAAAAAAUAAUUACUUUCAUU